AGUAGGGGGCUACUAAAAAGGGAACUAUACCCUAUCUCGAAAAGUAAUUGCUGUAAAGACUUCGGGUUAAAAAACUAAUAACAAAAGUGCCACCAGGAGCGAAAUAAUCUUAUAUUAGCCAGCUAAAGUUGCAAUAAAUUAGAUUCUUUUUUGUUAAAUCAUUUUGCGCUAUCCCUUAAAUGAAAGUGGUGGGGAGUGUUCAAACAUUUUCGGAAAUAAACGCUGCCCUGUUCAGAUUGAUUUGCUUGAAUCGCGGUAGCGACACCACUAUAAAUAAAAUUUAUUUUUUCAAAAAAAUUAAAUGCAAGGAUAUCACUUUUAUUGCAACAAAAAAUGGCCAACAAAGAGUUUUACACACAAGUAAAAGUUCGAAAUAAUGUCGCAUCUUGGGGAAUAUUUCCAGUAUACCUGCCAUUAUUAAAUCCUAAUUUUGAUUCAAAGAACUAACAACCCCAAAACACAGAUGCAAUUUAAUAUUAUUGGCACUUAAAUACCGCCAUUAAAAUUUUUGCAAUUUAAGAUUACCGAUAUUAUUUCCAGUUUUUAGUGUUACCUUUAUUUGUCUAUUUUUCGUUGUAUUGUUGCAAUGAUUUUUUUUGGGAAAAUAAAUUUUAUUUGCACUUAUAUCGCAAACCGCUCUCUAGCGGCAAUACAAGUGAAAUCAAUCCGGUCAUGGCAUGGUCUAAUAACAGCGACAAUUUUUUCGAAAUAGGGCGGAGUAAGUUAAAAAAAAUAUAAGUUCGUGUUUGCAUUGCUUGAUCAUUUUGUUAUUUUAAUCUAAGUGCAAAAUGGUAACUGAGCUUUUAUCAAAAUUGAAUUGGUACAAUCCGUCCAUCAAUUUUUUUUACAUUAAGGUAAUUUAAAUAAGUUUUCAACGCACUGCAUUUUUUGCAUUCGCAAUUUAUUUCACGGGGUCGCUUUUAAUUAUAACAUCCUCACCAUUGACCUACUUAACAACAGUUCCACCCGUAUCAUCGUAUUGUUUUUGAAUAAACGAGUGGGCGGGCGUCGCCACCUUGAUUUGUCUAUUUUUAUUUCGGGCACUCACGGACUUGAAUCACCCGAGAAAUAUUUUCGCAUAUUUUCACGUUUUUACGGGAUCCCCUCCCUCCUCACCCGUCCCCCGAAGUCCCCAGGAAUGCCGGGAACAAUCCUUAUUGCGACGUUGUCGAUUCCCCGAAAAUGUUUAAACAAAAAUGUUCAGUAGUUUUCGCGCUUGUGGAAGGAUCGGUACCAGAAUAUCGGUACAUAACCCUAGUUACUGACAUUUUGUUGUUGUUUUGGCGUGGGGGGAAUUAGUUUCGUUUUGAUGGUGGCGGCUUUGGUCCCUAGAAAAUGCGACUGGAUGUUAUUGAAGAUUACCAGGAUUACAGCGAUGGCGACGAGAGUGAUGUCGUGGACGACGAUCCUUUGGAAGAGGAACCUCUUAGUGACCCGUCCACCUAUGAUAAUAGUACCAAGGAUUCCUCCGAUAACGCACCAUUAAAGCGAUUAGAAACCGGUUCCGGAGACUGCACGGUUUGGCCGGUGAGGCCGAGCCUAUUCCCGAACAUUCCGCCUUACAUUAAGUUUAGAUCCCACGACACGGAAACAGCUUACAAAGUGCCUGUAGGUAGAAAAUUUUUCAAAUGGAAGCUCAGCACCAUCACCCCCAUCAUAGUUAGGAAAACGCUUACAAACUCGGGUUUCGCGUUGGUUAGAAAAACAAACCAAUGGCUCGGCACGUGGGGCAAACACAUGAAGUCUCCCAUGUUUAAGACGCUGAAGGAGACGCAGAAGCUGAAUCAUUUUCCCGGAACCUUCCAGCUCGGCCGGAAAGACCGGCUUUGGCGCAAUUUUCAACGGAUGAUUAGCAAACACGGACUUAAAGAAUUCGGAUUUCUACCUCACACCUAUAUACUACCUCAGGAAAUGAAAUUACUGAAACAAAAUUGGGAGUUUAAAAACGGCAACGGCAACGAAAUGUGGAUUAUUAAACCCCCCGCAUCGGCCAGAGGCGUGGGCAUUAAAGUGAUAAACAAAUGGUCUCAGCUUCCCAAAAAGACAUCCCUGGUGGUCCAAAAAUACAUAAGCAACCCUUAUCUUAUCAAUGGCAGCAAGUUCGAUCUUAGGCUUUACGUUUUAGUAACGAGCUUCCACCCUUUAAGGAUAUACCUUUAUCCCGAAGGGCUAGCCAGAUUUGCGAGUGCCAAAUACAGCGACGACGCCAAAGAUUUAAAAGAUCGAUAUAUGCACCUCACCAACUAUAGUAUAAACAAAUUGUCCAGUCAGUAUACGACGAACGAGGACGCGAACGCGUGUCAAGGUCACAAAUGGACCCUGUCCAAGCUCAUGGAAUACUUGCAUUCGGAAGGUGUGGACACGAAGGGUUUGUGGAAAAACCUGCAGCAGCUCGUGAUUAAGACCAUUAUAUCGUCCGAAUCGUUAAUCACUCCACUCUGCGAGGAUAAUAUGAACAGUUUCUAUAAUUGCUACGAACUGUUUGGUAUAGACGUCCUCCUCGACGAACAUCUAAAGCCUUGGUUACUCGAGGUGAAUAUAUCCCCGAGUUUGCACAGUGCCUCGCCCCUAGACGCUCACGUCAAAGGUCCCCUGGUUCAGACGCUGUUCGACAUGGCCCAAUUUCACUUUCCGAUUAAGCUGGGCCAGAACGUGAAGACAGCGCCGCAGUGCUUCGAUUCGAAAAUUUACUGCAGAACGUUGACAAAGAGGGAGCGCAACAAGCACACGUACUUUACAGAGUUCGAGGGCCGGGAGGACUACGUCCACGAUAUCCUCGUAGAUUUAACGGGCGACGACGUGCGGCACCUGACCAGGGCGGAGGACGAAUACGUGGUGAAAGGGAAGUUCGAGCGGAUAUUUCCGACUGCACAUACCCACAAGUAUUUAGAUUUCAUGGAGGUGAGGUAUUAUAAUCGUCUGUUCGACGCGUGGGAGUCGCGGUACGCGUCCAGGAGAGAGGACGGAAUUGCUCUGCUGCGGACCCUCUGCGCGCAGAAAGUGCACCUGAAGGUGGCGUCGCCGUGCCUGUUGGAGAAGAACUCGCCGAAUACGAUCCAUGGGGUGGAGAUCAAAGGGCAACGUCCGUCGGUGGAAGGUCAGACGAAUGGUGUUCGUGAGAUGCCAGUUUUAGGUCAAACGCCUACCCUUAGCGAAAAGCGGCUUAUAUCAGGCGAAAACGCAAAGAUCAGCAUAAACUGCCGAGACUGCUAAACCUUUUUGGAACCAGCAGAGCCAAUAAAAUUAUAGUUCAAUUUUUCUCGUUUAUAACGUUUCGUUUUUUUUUGCAUUUAUUUGUAUUAAACUAUUCUCAAUUAUUUUUAUUUGUAACUUAUUUAGCGAUUAUUGUAUUUUUAUGAUGUUUCAAUAACAAAAAAUUAAUA